CGUCCAUCUUUAUCGCUUGUCCGGAGCUGUCACAAAGGAGUCGCCGCGCCGCAGACCGUGCCCCCGUCCCACGGGAGACCACGAAAAGUAGACUGAAUUCCUACAGCUUGUGAUUAUGUAUCUGUCAUCGUCUCAGAUGAUGAUGGUAAUGAUUUGGGAAGCAGUACUACAGCCCUGAAGCAUUUGGAGAUUACAAUAGUGGAUGCUGGAGAGACCAGUAAGAAACAUCCUUCAACCUGCUGUACAGUGGUCGUGUAAAGAACUUCUAAAGUUAAAGAACCAGGAAGAAUGAUUUUAAAUAAAUACUCCGUUGGCAUAUUGGCUUAAUUUACUGACAAGGUGCAGAUCUGUCAGAAAAUCUUGGAUUUUUUGCCUUUAUAACUGAUGUAUUCCAUCAUUGUCCUCUUGUCUACGAGCCAGCCAGCUGACCUGAUCUAUGGGAAGAGCCAGAAAGACCUGCUUUUGGAUGAUCAGGGUUUAUUUUAGGUGAUAAUGUUGGAUACCGAAUUUACUACUUCCUUUGGAUUCCAGUUGUUGAUAACAAAUACGAUGCUGAUACCUCAGUUCAAGAUUAUGAAAACAUUACUUGGAAAACUUUCUCAAUGAUUGUCUUUGCUUGGGUUGUGUUUUAUGCUAGCAGAAGCCUUGUACAAGGUUUGCUGCUGACUCUAGAGCAGCAUAUAUCAAGUUUUCUGGGAACUUUGGGAGCCACCAACAUGGGCAACUCUUGUAUUUGUCGAGAUGAUAGUGGCACAGAAGAUAAUGCAGAGUCCCAGCAUCAGCAGACUGAGAACAGUAUAAUACCAGCAGCUGAAAACAGAAGCCAUCCAAGGGACCCUGUCAGACCACCUAGGAGAGGUCGAGGACCACAUGAGCCAAGAAGAAAGAAACAAAAUGUAGAUGGUUUGGUGUUGGACACGCUAGCAGUAAUUCGGACACUUGUAGAUAAUGACCAGGAACCUCCUUAUUCAAUGAUCACAUUGCACGAAAUGGCAGAAACAGAUGAAGGAUGGUUGGAAGUUGUCCAGUCUUUAAUUAGAGUUAUUCCAUUGGAAGAUCCAUUGGGACCAGCUGUUAUAACGUUAUUACUAGACGAGUGUCCAUUGCCAACUAAAGAUGCACUCCAGAAGUUGACUGAAAUUUUAAAUUUAAAUGGAGCUGUUGCUUGCCAGGAUGCUAGUCAUCCUGCCAAACACCGUAACACAACAGCAGUGCUGGGCUGCUUGGCUGAGAAACUAGCAGGUCCUGCAAGCAUAAGCUUACUUAGCCCGGGGAUAUUAGAAUAUUUAUUACAGAGCCUGAAUUUCCAGUCCCAUCCUACAGUCAUGCUUUUUGCACUAAUUGCACUGGAAAAGUUUGCACAGACCAGUGAAAAUAAGAUGACUAUCUCCAAAUCCUGUAUUAGUGACCGUCUGGUCAUGUUGGAGAGAUGGACAGAAAAUUCUGACUAUCUGAAACGUCAAGUUGGUUUCUGCGCUCAGUGGAGUUUAGACAAUCUCUUUUUGAAAGAAGGCAGGCAAUUUACUUAUGAGAAAGUGGACCUGACCAACAUUAGGGCCAUGCUGAAUAGCAAUGAUGUUAGCGAGUACCUGAAGAUCUCACCACAUGGAUUGGAGGCUCGAUGUGAUGCCUCCUCCUUUGAAAGUGUGCGUUGCACAUUCUGUGUUGACUCUGGGGUAUGGUACUAUGAAGUUACAGUUAUCACUUCUGGAGUCAUGCAGAUAGGCUGGGCCACCAAAGACAGCAAAUUUCUCAAUCAUGAAGGCUAUGGUAUUGGAGAUGAUGAGUAUUCUUGCGCAUAUGAUGGCUGCCGGCAGCUGAUUUGGUAUAAUGCCAGAAGUAAACCACAUUCACACCCCUGUUGGAAAGAAGGAGAUACAAUAGGAUUUCUUCUAGACUUGCAAGAAAAACAAAUGAUCUUCUGCUUAAAUGGCAACCAGCUUCCUGCUGAGAAGCAAGUCUUUACAUCUGCCGUAUCAGGUUUUUUUGCUGCAGCGAGUUUCAUGUCAUAUCAACAAUGUGAGUUCAACUUCGGAGCAAAACCAUUCAAAUACCCCCCUCCUAUCAAAUUUAGCACUUUCAAUGACUAUGCCUUCUUGUCAGCAGAAGAAAAAAUCAUUUUGCCAAGGCACAGGCGUCUUGCUUUGUUGAAGCAAGUUAGUAUCAGAGAAAACUGCUGUUCACUUUGUUGUGACGAAGUAGCAGACACAGAACUCAAGCCAUGUGGACACAGUGACCUGUGCAUGGAUUGUGCCUUGCAACUGGAGACUUGCCCAUUGUGUCGACAAGAAAUAGUGUCUAGGGUCAGACAGAUUUCUCACAUUUCAUGACACAUAUGGAGAAGCAACACGGACUUAUUUUUAAUCAAUUCCAGCCAAUGUCUGAAAAGGAAAAACAUCUCUAACCAGUUGUGCGCACGUUGAAACUAUAGCCAUGGCCAGAUUUUACGCUAAGCAGUAGUUUGUCUAAGACAAAACCCUUUAGAACCUAACCCAGGAGGCCAGCACUGGGAAAUUUGUUCUGCCAACAAGGAGAGCUGAACGCUAUGGCUGAGUCUUGGGUCCCUCUGAGACAGACACCAGGAGACACUGCCCGCAUGAGUGCUGAAAUCAAAUUUGCACUGGAAUCUUCCAUGUUCAGUACAUUCAGUUGUUUAAAACAGGAUGUUUUGUCUCAUACUCGAAAGUCUUUAUUUUUGGCCAAAACCAUUAUGGAGAAGUAGUCUGCCAGUGUAUCUUGGUUAAGUAUAACUUCCUGCUGGUCAGAGACUGUGUUAACAUUGAACUGCAAGACUUGAAUCCCUAAAACUAAAAAUAAACACAUCUUACUACAAGCUACAUGAAGGACCCGAAAGAAGGUGCAUAGACUGCAAAAAAAAAAAUCCAAAUUUUUGAUAUCUCAGUGAUUCCAAAGAACAUUCUAAUUUUUUUUAACACAGAAAAUUGGUGGUAUUUUCACAUUCAUAGUGUUUUUAUCCAAUUUCAGUACCCGCAUUUUGUGAAAGAAAUAAUAUGUUUUACCAGUGUAGGAGGAACUCUUACAUUAAUUACAAUGCUGAACUGGAGAAAAUUUACUAUUUAGGGUAUUUUUAAGGUACCAUCAAUCAGGUUUUUUUUGUUUUGUUUUUUUGGUUUUGUUUGGUUUUUUUAAAUCAGUAUUGUUUUUGAAAGUAAUGUAUAUUUGAAACUUUUGAACUAAUAGUCUCAAAAGAUCUGGAGGAAAUUCUGAAAAACGUAUUAAUAUUGUUUUUAAAUAAAUACAUGUUAUUUGAAUAGUAAAUUCAAUCAUGGAUUGCUGACUAUGUCUUCAUCAAAAGUACAAGUCCCUCUCUGGGUCUCUGAUGAAGAUCUUCAAGAGUUUGUUUUGUUUUUCUCCCAGAAAAUUGGAAGGUAGAAUUGUAAAUUCACAGUACUUAUUUUAUAAGGGUGUACCUCAGCAGUUGCCUUUUAAUUUAUGCCAACUAAUUACUGAGUUUAUACUUGAACAGUAAAGGUGUCUUCUGAGCUUUACAAUGUCUUAAAUUGGAUGCAUAUUCUUUUUUCCCUCUCAUUGCCGCCCCUUCUAGAUUAUAAAGUGACAGUAACCCGAAGCCUGUGCUAUUACAGAGCUCAUUUCUUCCUGUAAAUUAGGAUGAUGGGUUUUCCCCAUGCUUUCAGUCUUCCAUAAACUCUAAAAUUUCAUGUUCUUCCCUUAGCUUGUGGUGAAUAUGAUAAUUUGUAUUAAAUAAAUAAAGUAUUUGUUGCAUUUU